AUGCCCCAGAAGAAGCAGCCACGCACUCUGGAGCCCGGGGAUGACGAUUUUACCAUGAAGAUGCGUGAUCGCUUGAAAGCCUUGAAGCUCAAAGAGGAAGACCAGCCCGACGACUUGGUGACGGUCUCCACGGAGAAUGCCAAGAACCUGGCUCUCUCGGCCAUGUGGUACAUCGACCAAGAAGCUGACCGAGUGAAAGAGGAGAAGAAGAACCCUGACAUCCACGUCCUACGACGGCGCUACGAGGGAGCCAUGGAGAAGCUGAUCAUCCCGGAGGAGAAGGAUCGGCGAGAUCGCCCAGGUGGCGUUUCUGCGCCCAAGAGCGGGACGUUGGAAGUUCCUGGGGCGCUGGAUGUGGACGCACUGUUUGAGCGCGCCCAACAAACCAGUGGCUCCAAGACGAGCAAAAAGCAGGCCCUACAGGCUGAAGUAGAGGAUGAAACCGAAGAUGAAGGCAUCGCGGAGUACCUGAUCUCCAUGCAAAAGGUCGGCCGCCGAAAGGCCAAGGAGGGAAGGCCUCGCCGCGAGCGAAGAAGUCCCGAGGAACGACGCCAGGACUACGAAGAUACCAAGAUUCGCAUGUUCGCCUUCACCGCAGCGUUCGGUGGCUUGGGCACCGGCUUCUCCAUGGUCAUGUAUGGAGUGAAUGUGGCCUUUAGCUUUGGUUUAGGAGCCAUUGGAGGUCUCUCGUACCUCUCUGGCCUGGCAUCUUAUACCGACAACGCUGAGAAUGCCAUGGGUGCCCUUGGAGCCAGAAGACUCCUUACUCCUGUGGUGGUCUUGUUGAUCGUUCAGGCGUGGCCUCGAAUCGAGGCUCAGGUGCCGGAGAUCGCGGAUUUGCACUUGGAGCCCUCGCUUUUCCCGGCGAUCUUGGGCUUUUUCACCUACACCGUGGGGAAGGCAGAACCUUUUGAACCGUUUGCGGGAGGAGCGCGAGAGGUUUUCCUGCUCUGGGGCGCCUCUUUGGCGUCCGGCUUCAGUGCUACCCCUGUGGGGAAGGUCGUGGAGAUGCUGCAAGACAUGAAGUCCGAGGGCGAGAAGGCCAAGAAGGACGAAAAGGUGCAGUUUGCGGCUUACAAGCAAUUCUGCGAGACCACGGAGGCACAAAAGGUGCGAGUGAUUCAGGAUGCCAAGGACAAGGUGGAGGUCCUCACCGCCCAAGUGGAGAAGGGAGAGUCUGAUGCCUCCAAGUUGGCAGAGGAAAUCGCCGAACAUACGAAGGACCUGGAAUCCGCCUCGGCGGAGAAGGAGGCGCUCGUGGCCGCUCGCUCGAAGGAGCGUGAGGCCUUCGACAGCAUGCUGCAGGAUUACGUGGAAUCCAUCGAAGCCAUCGGACGGGCUUUGAAGGAGUUGAAGGCCAACACAGCCAAGAACGAGGAAGGCGCUCUAGUGCAGCUGAGUGCACUGAAGCUGCCGGACAAGGCCAGCAGAGGCUUGCAGGUUCUGAUGGCGGACAACUUUGAGGACAAACUCCUGAGCUUCUUGGGCGAGGAGACCGGGUCCGUCGCCACGAGACAGUCCGGCGGCAUUGUGGAUAUGCUUGAGAAAUUGGAGGAGAAGUUCAUGGAUGAACGCCUGGAGAUCGAGAAGGAGGAAACGGCGAAACGCCAUGCGCACGAGCUCUUAGCACAGAGCCUCACCCGCAAAGCCGAGGAGGCCGGCAAGGAGAAGCAGCAGAAGGAGACGCUGAAGGCCAAGAAGCUGCAAGAGAAGGCCUCCGCCGCUGGGGACUUGUCUGAAACCGAGGUUCUGGAUGGAGCCGAAGUGCCACUACCGAGUGCUGGGCAUUCAGGCUCGGAGCUUCCGGGAGAGGAGCAGGCAACUUUGCCCGAGAUCAAGAAGGCCUACAAGGACUUGAGCAGAAGACAUCAUCCUGACAAAAGCCAAGAUCCGAAUGCGACAGCUCGAUUCCAAAGGAUCGCGGAAGCGUAUCAGGAACUCAAAGACCAAGAGAGACGUGCGAGGUAUGACGCAAAGAGAUUCUUGGAACCUAUCUUCGAAAAACUAGGUCUCUCUGUGGACGAUUGGAUGGCCAGACACGUCGCAUCGAGCUCGAGCCUCGAGCUCGUUCGCAUCGAGCUCAACGUUGUUGGGCGUUUGGAGCCCCUGAUGCCUGCUCUUGGGAGUGGCUAUCACCUUUUUCGCAGCCCUACUUGUGGAGUCGUCUUGAUCGUGGCGCCAGCGGGGGCUAGUCUGGAAGCAGGAAGACAACGGCUUAGAGAGUGCAUCGAUGAGCUCACUGGUCUUCGUGCUCCUCCUGGUGGACUGAUCUUCAUUGUGCCCAGCAACCGCCUCGACGUCGUGCCCAGGAUGGUCCUUGCUUUGCCGCAACUCUUGUGGCAGUUCGGUGCCUCCAUCAGCCAAGUGGCGCAUGACCGAAUCGUUGCUCGCGGCCCGGCCACGGCGCUGCCCGCAGCGGUGCAACAACUGCAGUGGUGGAUGGACUUCUAUGGACUUGUCCAGCUCCCAGAUGGUCAGCAGCUGGAUGCAUGGCAAUAUGCGCAUGCAUGUGAGUUGCAUCACAUUCAAGGCUUGGCGCCCAUGAAUCGCGAGCCUGAUGCUGCUGAAAGCCGCAGUAUGAUGGAGCACGUUUUGCAAUUGUCCACUCCGGCCCAGCUGACACUGGUGGAGCUGGCUGUGAGAUGUUUGCAAUCCAACCUUCAGUUCACCACCGCUUUGGCGCGAAGCGUUUCUUCAGGGGCGGUCUAUGCUGAGUACAGUGAAAAGUCAGGGGACGUGCUUGCCAGGGCGCGUUUGGCGUGUGCCUUUGCUUCAUUGGCUUCCAGCAGCACAUCCAUAGCCAGGGCCGUUGUGAAUCAUCGCAUUGCCAACGAUGCGCAAGUGCAAACGAUGAUGCGUUUGGGGCCGUUCUUGGACAGCGCCGAUGGUCUUUUUCUCAGAUCGAGGGGUUUCAUUGCAGCCAAGGAUGCUGUGCCAUCUGAUGGACAAUGGCACCAGUGGGAAGAGCUCUUGCGGCCCAAAGGGAGUUUGGCAAUGUUCUGGCAACACUUGUGCAAGGUCCUUCCCUCUUCAGUGAUCCUGCCAGUGGAGUGGCAUGAAGUGCCAGAGGUGAUGACCUUGAGUCUGAAGCAUUGCCUGGGCUCAACCUUUGAGGUGGACACCCAUAAGGGCCUCCGGAAGGUUUCAAUGACCACCAUGCCCGGCGACCCCGUUGCGGGCGACCCCUCGGUUGGGCCGGUUCGAUUGGUGGAGGAAGUGGAGGAUCAGAUCUUUGAGCUCAAGCUGCCGCAGGGAGAUUCAGCCAGUUUGGACCUUGUGCAGAGAAAACAUCGGAGUGGACUUGGUGACCAGCUCGAUCGCACCUGGUACGAGCAGCACAGGCACUCCUUUGAGCUGGUCGAGUCCGAGUCAGUGCCACGUGUGAGGCUCACUCCCAGUGCACGUGAGAGAGCUGAAUUGAGGAGUCUCGAAAGAGAGCGGGAAAAGCUCCGAAUGCAGGAGAGGCGUGUUGCUGAGGCAGUGCUCGCAGAGCUCUCUCCACGCCUCCAGGAUCUCCCACGAAGCUGUGAAGGUAAAGAGCUUGCUGCACUACUCAUUGCACUUCAACACAGAGCCAGAGCGCUUCCGGUGAUCGUGAAGCGCCUCAUGGAGCGUGCGCACGAGCGCCGCACGACAGGCGGCGGAAAGCAUGUCUUGGCGGCGGAACUUCUUGAAGAGCUGCACCCCUUUAACGCAGCUCAGGUGACGGGGGCGAUUGUGAGUCUUCACAGUCCAACGAGUCCACUGGAGAAUCAGGCCUUGGUGAUGCUCAUGCAAGCAGCGGCCUGUGAUAUGCACGAAGCCUUUGACGGCCCAGUGAAGUCGGGAGGCGCCUGUUGGGCUCCGCUUCAGGUGGUGCACGAUUCCGUGCUGUCAGCUGGUCGACGACCUUUCUUGGAUGUAUUCCAAGAGAGAAAGACUGCGCAAGACAAGCUGCUUGUGGCCUCCGCAGCCUUGCGAGUGAGCAUCGAGCUGUUUGAUAAGAAGAAGGCAUGUCCUGUUUGCCUGUCACCUGGCUACAGCAGCUUCGAGCCUUUCGCGGGAUUGUGUGCAGCACUUGCCAAUCUGUACAAGCUCGUGUCGCCCUUUAUCGAGGAGCACAUCGAAUUGGUGACCGAGGCCUUUGAGAAAUUGGCCGCGGCUUGCGAACAUUUGGCCCUUGGUGAUGCCGCCCGCGAGCCUUCUGGCUUGGCUCGGCUGGCCGAUGCGUUCGCGACCCUCACCUUCAGCCGUGCGGUGUCGCCUUCCCAGCGCUUCGUGGCCGCAGCGCAGCGGGGCCUGGCACAAGUGUCGAAGGUGCUCGUGGCGACUGACAUGAGGGAAGCCAAUGGCUGGAACCUCUUGAACUUGGCUACCAUCGCUGCUUGCUACGCCAGCGGCGCUUCAAGAAGCGCCGUCGCGGCGACGCGCACGGACGAGGAGCUCUUCACGAAGCUGGCGGCGGCAGCCAAUCUUUCAUCUGAGAAGCUGAAGCGGGAGGUCGUAUUGAAAAUGAUCAGCAGCUUCUACCAGGCUGGCUUCCUCAAGAAGCUGGAGCAGUUCUUGAAGGGAUUGGCGGCAAAGAGCUGGUUCCAAGAGAAUGUGGCGGACUCUGAGGAGAAGGACAUUCCCUCACUGGUGGCGAGCAUGAUGUGUGCCGCCUCGCUGGCCGAAGUGGAGAAGCGCCUGCCGAAGGACCGGCCAGAUGAACUCCUCACCUCCACCAUGGUCUCGAUCGUCAAAGAGCUCGGGGAGAGCACCAACAUUAAGGCAGUGCAGUUGACGAGCACUGUGCUGAAGAUGCUGGUAGCGGCGAAAGGAAGCGGCGCAGAGUUGGAGAAGGCCCUUUGCGACGCUUCAGCUUCUUCGCUGCGAAGAGCUUGGUGCACCAGAUCGCAACUGGAGUCUUUGCCGAGAGCGACUGCAGGCUGGCCUGAUCUGAUCAGAUCCUUGGAAAGAUUGCUGAGUCCUUUUACCGGAGCACAGAUUCGGGUACCCCGCAUGGAAGCUGCUUGCGCUGGACGUUUCAUGGAAGCCCUCCAGAAGACCGUACUCCAAAGUGAGAAGCAUGACUCCCACGUGCUGAAACACAUCCUAACUGCUGGGCUCCUCUUCUCACCAGAGGCCUUUGCCUCCAUGCCCUCACUCGUGGAGACCCUUGCGAUCUGCUUGAAGCACCUGGUGAGCGACUGCUUGGAGGCGGAGAGGAUGAAGGCCUUGGUGCAGAAGAUGAUGCCAUCAGAGAGUUCAUCGAGUCCAUCAGAGCUCCAGAGCUGGACGGAGCUGUUGGAGGGUAUCAUUAUGGAUGGCAAGAUCUGCAAGCAGUGGGAUGAAGUGGAAAUGAUGAUCGCCGGCAGCGGGAAGGAGAGAUUGCAGCUUCGUGAGAUCCAAGAUGCCCUUGGGCAGAGUUGGUUGUCUAUCCUUUUGGCCAGAAGCCAAAAGCUUUCUUGGAUGGGUGGUCGAGCGAUCCGAGCCCAUCCAGCCCGUGUCCGGGCCGCCUUGCGCGAGUUGGGCUUGAAGAUGGAGAAGGCUGGAAUUCCCAUGGCGAAGGUCACCUCAUUGCAGCCAGAGGAGGAACCUCCUGUUCCGCAGGUGCAAGGCCCAAAGCCACGUUCGCGCUCCCGAUCGACCAAAGAUGGUGUCAUCACUGUGUCCAACUGCAGUGAUCCACGCUUGGGCCUCACCUUGGAGGGUCAGUACGCGAGAGAUGGCACUAACCACAACAAGGCCGUGUACCGCCGCAUCGAAGCGGAUCCCAAAGGGUCCCAUCUCCCGAUCAAGCUCUACUAUUGGGACGACCGUGAUGGCAAGGAGAAUCAGGGAUGGUGGUUUGGUCCGACCGUCGGCGGUGAAGAGGUGUGGCUGCACAACCCAAGGGCCUUGCACUUUCCGCCAGCAGAUGGAUGGGACUUUUCCCUGAAGGUUGCAUUGAACCACCGCGCCCCCGCAGCUCCAAAGGGCAAAGCAAAGGCGAAAGCAACGGCCCCACCAGCAGCCGCUAGCAGCGCAGCACCAAGCACAGUUGACCCACCUGCCAAAGCAGCUAAGAAGGCAAGACUCAGUGAGGAGAGCGAGGAGGAUGGCUUUCCUGAGUUGACGAGGUGGCUGAGGUCUUUAGCGCCAAGCAAUCCACACCAGCUGAUGAAGUACUACUCGGCCCUUGUCACCCACUUCGAAGGUGACUUGCAGCAGAUCGCUGCGGCCAAGAUCGGUGACGCCGAGAGGGAUGGAGUGAAGCGAGUGGAACCGGCGUUCUGGGAGGCCAUUGGUUGCACCAAAGCUGGUGACAAGCUCCGAUUGGCAAAAGGAAUUGCCCAACUUCCAGACUAG